ACUUUAGAAAUCGACCUCAAGAACUCCAUGGUAUUAUCAACUCACACCAAAGCUUCGACCCGUUAUCGUUGGAUUCCAGCAAUCCUUCUCGGGUGGUUCGUUGGACAUCGAUAUUUUGACGGUGAAGGGUGCUGGUCAUUAUGUGCCUACUGAUCGCCCUGGUCCAGCGCUGCAAAUGUUCACGAAUUUCAUUCAAAACACCGGUAAUUACAGCAAGAUGACAACAUUCAGUCUAACACGAGAACCGCUGUUGCCUGAAUAUCAGCCGCCCGUUCUCACCCCGUCAACGCAAAAACCAUUGACUAAGCCACCAGCAACCACCAAACCAUUGACUACGCCACCAACAACCACCCCAAAAAAGGAAACACCUCAAGCUUCACCAACCUCAACGCCAGCAACACCCACAGCAACACCCAAAGCCUCAAGCACUUCAGCAGCACUUACCGUAUCGAUGCCUCUUAUCAUCAUUCUGCUUGCGACUUCAAUCUUCAAACAAUAA